AUUUCCAGUACUUCCGACAACUUCCAGCCACUUCAAAUAACUCACCUCCACAACCGUCAACAUGGGUAAGGAGAAGACUCAUAUCAACGUCGUCGUUAUCGGCCACGUCGACUCUGGCAAGUCGACCACCACCGGCCACUUGAUCUACAAGUGCGGUGGUAUCGACAAGCGUACUAUCGAGAAGUUCGAGAAGGAAGCCGCCGAAUUGGGCAAGGGCUCCUUCAAGUACGCAUGGGUGCUCGACAAGCUCAAGGCCGAGCGCGAGCGUGGUAUCACGAUCGACAUUGCCCUCUGGAAGUUCGAAACCCCCAAGUACUAUGUCACCGUCAUUGACGCUCCGGGUCACCGUGACUUCAUCAAGAACAUGAUCACGGGUACUUCCCAGGCCGACUGCGCCAUUCUCAUUAUUGCCGCCGGCACUGGUGAGUUCGAGGCCGGUAUCUCCAAGGAUGGCCAGACUCGUGAGCACGCCCUGCUCGCUUACACCCUCGGUGUCAAGCAGCUCAUUGUCGCCAUCAACAAGAUGGACACCACCAAGUGGUCCGAGGAUCGCUUCAACGAGAUCAUCAAGGAGACGUCCAACUUCAUUAAGAAGGUCGGUUACAACCCUAAGACUGUCCCCUUCGUCCCGAUCUCUGGCUUUAACGGCGACAACAUGAUCGACGUCUCCACCAACUGCCCGUGGUACAAGGGCUGGGAGAAGGAGACCAAGACCAAGUCCACCGGCAAGACCCUCCUCGAGGCCAUCGAUGCCAUCGACCCGCCGUCGCGUCCUACUGACAAGCCCCUCCGUCUCCCUCUUCAGGAUGUCUACAAGAUCGGCGGUAUUGGCACAGUUCCCGUCGGCCGUGUCGAGACCGGUGUCAUCAAGGCCGGUAUGGUCGUCACCUUCGCCCCGGCUGGUGUGACCACCGAAGUCAAGUCCGUCGAGAUGCACCACGAGCAGCUGACUGAGGGUCUCCCGGGUGACAAUGUCGGCUUCAACGUCAAGAACGUCUCCGUCAAGGAGAUCCGUCGUGGCAACGUUGCUGGUGACACCAAGAACGACCCGCCCAAGGGCUGCGACUCCUUCAACGCCCAGGUCAUCGUCCUCAACCACCCCGGUCAGGUCGGUGCCGGCUACGCACCUGUCCUCGACUGCCACACUGCCCACAUUGCCUGCAAGUUUGCCGAGCUCCUCGAGAAGAUCGACCGUCGUACCGGCAAGUCCAUUGAGAAUGCCCCGAAGUUCAUCAAGUCCGGUGACGCUGCCAUCGUCAAGAUGGUGCCAUCGAAGCCGAUGUGUGUUGAGGCCUUCACCGAGUACCCGCCCCUUGGCCGCUUCGCCGUUCGUGACAUGAGGCAGACCGUUGCUGUGGGCGUGAUUAAGUCUGUGGCCAAAUCCGACAAGUCCGGCGCUGGCAAAGUAACCAAAGCCGCCGUCAAGGCAUCCAAGAAGUAGAAGGUGUCUGCCAGGCAGUUUCCGCUUUGGUACCCACCAAAAGCGAUAUGUUUGUUCUGCGGGCGACGUUUGCUUGAGCCCACUAUGCGUUUCUCGACGGCAUAGGAGGCGCCUGCUAUCUUUGCCCGCUUACAACAUACCCCCUUUCGCGACACGAUUGUUCACCCUUCUACAUGCAUGCGUUGCGACGGUCGUCUGCGGCUGCGCAUGCUUCUUCCGGCACAGCAGCGACCGCAAAUCUUUUCCUUUGUACUGCGACACGAGAUCACGAGCGAUAAUGAUGGCUGGUUUAGCGAGGAGGGAUGGUCAUGAAACGAUGGCGAUGUCCUCGCGGACUGUAGCGCCUGCCUUUAGCUUUAGAUGCAGUAGCUCUCGGCAAUGACAAAGAGAUAGAGAGCAUAUCCAGUCCCU